GUUUGCAUUUGCGCGACGACAUACGUGUCUCGGGAAUGCUCAGCUGUUCGGUAGAAUUAAUUAAGAUUCGUAAAAUGAAGAUGUUGUUAUAGAUAACAAUCUCAAAAUAUUGUCAAAAAUGGGUUAUAUCAAAGAAUUAAGAUAAGUAAAAUAUAUAAAUACUAAUCCAAAUUCUAGAAGUGUGGACGAAAGAAUUCCAUCGGUAUUCGACUGUCUGCUAGAUAGCGUUUUUGAAGUAGAAUUUACAAGGAAUUAUAUAUUCUGGAGUAAAAUAGAUCGGCGAAUGUUAUUGGCGGAAUUUCUCCCUGGUUAAAUUUCACAUACAAGCGGGUAAUACUUUUCAUUCAACGCGCGUUCAUUCAUUGCGAUUCAAAGUUUUACCUAAUGCACAACAAGGUGAACUGUGAUACAAGCCGCGGGAGUAUAAUUUUCGAACAAAUUUACCAAACAUGCAUUAAAGUGAAAUAAAUUAGUUACAGGAUUUCGCUAGGUUUCUAUUAAUAAGGUGUUUGUUCCUGUAAUUAUUUGUAAAUAUUUGAAUAUUUGUAUUUAUUUAUCAGUCUUAAAAACAUGGCUUCGGCUUCAGAAGAUGAACGGGAUCAUUUCGAGGAGGAAGAACGCGAUACUCUGCCGGAUCUUUAUGAUAAUCCGGAUUCCGCCGACACAAUGUCGACGUCAGAAUGUCGCUCAGUGACGUCAGAGGAACGCUCAAUAACGUCAGACACGGAAUUAGAGGAUUUGGAGGAAGUAUUACGUGAUCAUCCAAAACCCAAAGUGAUCGUUUUUGAUCUCGACUACACAUUAUGGCCGUUCUGGGUUGAUAGAGGUAUGAAUAUAGAACUUCCAUUCAAACAUGUUGGCAAGACAUGCAGGGGAGAGAACAAAGUUUGUGACGCAUCAGGAAGGGAAGUUAAAAGUUUUCCAGAUAUAACUCCAUUAUUGCAAAGACUGCACAACGAGGGUUAUAAACUGGGAAUCGCCUCAGAAGCUUUCUACAAAGAAGAAUGUGCAAAGUUGGUAAAGCUGUUCGGAUGGGACGAUUUAAUUGAUUACAAAGAAAUAUACCCGGGAUCGAAAAUAUUUCAUUUUGUAAAGAUUAAGAAGCAGAGUGGAGUAGAGUUUUGUGACAUGCUGUAUUUUGAUGACGAGAAAGAACACUUAGCAGAAGUUGCUGGCACUUGCACAGGCAUAACAACAUACUGGGCGGACAGAGGGGUAUCUGAGGAAAUAAUGGAGGAAGCGUUUCUCACAUUUGCUAAAAAUAGAGAAAGCAGUACAUACUUCAGAUCGAAACCAGUUUCAAUAUCCCGACGAAAUUCAACGGAACCCUUCGUCAGUCUCCGCCCACUGAUAAAUCUUCGUCGACGUAAUUCUGUUGAAACUGACAUUUCUGUUCCUCCUCCGCAUACACUUCUAGGUGGUGCUUCCCUCGCUGCGUUGGCUAAUGGAAUUACAGGAUUAUCAAUGAAAGACAAUGCACAUAAGCCAACCGUUCACCAGUUUAAUCCGAAUUUACCGGGACUUAAUGGACCUAUUGGUGGGGGUGCACCUAGAUCAAAGACUAGGCGACGAUACAGUAUUAUGUGAAAAGUGCAUAUUGAAAUGACAAUAAACAACAGUGUGUAUAAACCUUAAAUUAGGUUUAUGCUAAUGACAAUAAUAAAAAAACAUAGAAAUGCGAGAUAAACACAGUGAUUAUUAUAUUGUGGUGAUCACGUGUCAUGGCAUUUACCUGUAGUGACCUUAUGCAGAUACAUGCAUGACUGUGCGGUUAUGACGAUCGGCACAACACAAUUACAACAUCCUUACUUAGAAUAACCUUAUAAACUAUAAGAGUGAGCAUUACUUUUGCCAUGAUUUGUAAGUUUGAAAAAGAUCUAGAACAUUGUUCCACUCAACUGUUUGACCUUAUUUCAUAACCUGACAUGCACAGAGUGUAAAUCAAUUACAACUUAUUAACUGUUCCCUUCACGUGUGUAUAUAUUUGUUAUGUAAAUCAAAAUGUAAUAUUUAUAUAUAUACAAACACUGAUUCAUUUCCGUUAAAUGCACAAGUACACCCUUUAAUAUGGUAGUAUUAUCUUGAUAAGUAUACUUAUUGUAUAUUCCAAUUCA